UCUUCCCCGCUCCCGUCUCACUCCGCACUCCUCUCGUCCCUGUGUGAACUGCCGCCAUGUUCUGAGGCUAGAAUGACAGUCAAAAGGUUCUCGAAGGGUCAGAGAAGCAAUCUGUGACCUUACAGACAAUAAGCUCCGGGUUUUCGGCGAACGAGUAGACCUACUGGUAAACACGGAACUCCCAGUCAGCGGCGGUAAGUCAGUCACCUUGCGGGACUACAGCGCUCUGUGUCCGGGUGCAGCGCGUCUCACCUACGGUCUUUGAUUUUCGCGUGUAGGGAAAUUUCCCAAAGACAUUUGUUAUACCUCCGGAGGGUCGACCGAGGCCCUCCACCCGUGUGGCUGCUGAUCGCCUCUAAUUAUAGUAUCAAAUGACCGGUGUUCGCGUUGGAAAGCAACGGAAACCAUGAUUGUGCAAUAGAGCCGAGACGUUGUAGUUCUGGUUGGACCACAUCGUCAUUGGGAUCGACGCGAUCAGACCCGGACUGAACCGAUCAUCACCUGCGAUAAACAGACUCCAGUGCUGCUGACAGCGAGGUUUAAAACCAAACGAUACAAGGAGGAAUACUGGUGUUUGCACCUAUCGUGUGAAUCCUCCGAGGACUGCGAGGAAUACCUUCAGGAUGACGACCAGCACCCCUGCGGACAUGAUCAAUCUCCGGCUGAUCCUGGUCAGCGGGAAGACGAAAGAGUUCCUCUUCCUCCCCAGCGACUCGGCCGCCGACAUCGCCAAGCACGUCUACGAGAACUGGCCAAUGGAUUGGGAGGAGGAGCAGGUGAGCAGUCCCACCAUCUUGCGGCUCAUCUACCAGGGUCGUUUUCUCCACGGCAACGUGACACUAGGAGCUCUCAAGCUGCCCCUGGGGAAGACCACGGUGAUGCAUCUCGUUGCCAGGGAGACGCUGCCUGAGCCAAACUCCCAAGGUCAGCGGAACAGAGAGAAGACAGGCGAGAGCAACUGCUGUGUCAUCCUAUAAACCCUCCACCUCUCCUCUUCAUCCUCCAUACUCUUCCUCCUCCACCCCCCUCCUCGCUACACUGGGCCUUCCCACCCGACCCCUUUAACCCUGGGCCUGGCACACACACACACACACACACACACACACACACACACACACACACACACACACACACACACACACACACACACACUCUGAGAAGGCAGGCCGGGAAACACAUAGUUGAUAAAGGGUAUUGAUUACUGAUAGGCGAGAUUCCUUUGAUGUACUUGAUUGAUUAUGAUUAUGAGAACAUUUCGUGGCAGGAACUGGAUCCUCAAACUGUUGCAUGAUAGGUUUUAAAUGUUCUAAUGUGUUUUCCGGGCCAUAGAAACACAAACCCUGUCAGUUUUGUGUCGUUGAACCUCAUCUCGCAACCGCACAGACGGAAUUAGCCCGAGGACCCCCAUUUCAUUGGCUAUGAGGUUGAAAAGCACCCGCCUUCAGAAACGGACGUUGUAAUUGGCUCGGACACUGCUCUCAGUGCACUCAGUCCGCUCCGCCCUCUGUUGUGCUCUGCCUGAGUUCCUCCGGGUUUUCAGGUGACUGAGGUGUGGCAGUGCGACGAGAGGCCAGACGCAGUGUGCUCGUCUGUGUUAGCAUUAGGCUCUCAGCCGGCCAUUCUACCUGCUGGUGUUUGAGUGACGUGCUGCCCCGGUUUCUGCUCGUGGCCUUUGCCCUCUGAUGUAAACACACAACAUCGUGCCACACACACACACACACACACACACACACACACAGACUGCAUGUGCCCUUAAAUGCACAACUGAAAAAGUGCAUAACAGAGCGUGUGUAUAUGUAUUAACUCACUCGCUCAUGAGUCAUUGCCUAACCCAAACACAAACACACACUCACACAGACAGACUCACACAGAAGCAAUGUGCGGCUGGUGGUGUUUUUCGUGUGUCAUCUAUUUUUUGGGGUCGGAGGGGUCAUGCUGUUGUGGCUGUUGGACCCGAACCGAGCAUUGAUGUGGUGACACCCCCACCCCCCGCCUCCCUCCCCCCCCAUCUCCUAGUCCAUCAGAG